AUGUCAGAAAGUCAAACAUCAAUAAAUCCGUCAAUAACAACUGCACCAGUAACGACACCACGUUCACCACGAAUAGAAAUAGAAUUUUGUAUUCAAUGUCGUGGUGCAAUAUGGACAAUGAGUUUUAGUAAAGAUGGAAAAUUUUUGGCUACAGGAGGUCAAGAUACUGUGGUUAGAGUGUGGGCUGUAAUAUCAAGCGAUGAGGAACGUGAGUACUUCCUGGGAAGAAAUGGCAAAAAGAAUGCUUUUGAUGAUGUCAGUGGUACUAAACUUGGCGCUCCCGUGUUUCGUGAAAAGCCAUUAUACGAGUAUACCGGUCAUACUGCUGAUUUAUUGGAUUUAAGUUGGAGCAAAAAUAAUUUCUUGCUCUCCUCGUCAAUGGACAAAACUGUUAGAUUAUGGCAUAUAACAAGGAAAGAAUGUUUAUGCUGCUUCCAACACACUGAUUUCGUUACCUCGAUUGCUUUCCAUCCAAAGGAUGAUAGAUUCUUUCUUUCUGGAUCUUUAGAUUGUAAACUUCGAUUAUGGAAUAUUUCUGAGAAGAGAGUUGCACAUUGGCAUGAAUUGACCGACUCACAAUUGAUUACUUCUGUCGGCUUUACUUUGGACGGGAAAUUUUCAGUCGUAGGAACACUUAAAGGUCUUUGUUUAUUCUAUGAAACUGAUGGGCUACGCUAUCAUACUCAAAUUCAUGUAAAAAGUUCUCAUGGCAGAAAUUCUCAGGGCAAAAAAAUAACAGGUAUAGAGCCAUUUCCCGGUACUCCUGCUGGUCAAGAGAAGUUACUGAUAUCGUCAAAUGAUUCAAGGAUACGAUUGUAUAAUAUGCGAGAUAAAUCACUGGAAUGUAAAUACAAAGGAAUGGAAAAUACUUGUGGCCAGAUAAGUGCAACAUUUAGUGAUGAUGGUCGUUAUAUUAUUACUGGAUCGGAGGAUCGUCAUGUCUAUAUAUUUAACGCUGACCAAGCGUCAAUCAAUUCGUCACAUCAUGGAUCAAGUAGCAGUGCACAUCCUGCAGUAGUAACAACUGCAAUAUUUGCACCAACUCGUACCAAACAAUUAAUUGCACAUGGUGGCGACCCGAUAUAUUCAAAUACAAUCAAUCAUGACACAUCCAUCCCUUCUGAUAAAUUUACUUACCCUGAUGGGAACAUUAUAGUUUCAGCUGAUAAUACUGGUCGUAUAAAGAUAUUCCGUCAAGAUUGUGCCUAUUAUCAUUCUCACGACAACGACAGUUCGUCAAUUCUAAGUACCAGAUCUUGGAAUUCAAAUUUUAGUAGCAUUAAUAGUUUAUUUAGCAAACCUAUAAAUUUUCCUAACAGACUAAGAAGAAAAAGUGAUGCAUCAAGUUUAUAUUCUGGAAAUUCAAGUAUAGAACCUUUAUCUCAAAAUAUUUCACGUGAAUAUUGA